CUCAGAGAUGGGAGUGAAAGCAAAUUCGGGGCCGUCAGGAGCAAUCAUAUAUGCAUCACUCACGCCUACAUGAUGCGGUGCCUCUGUGUUUAUAAAUUCCAUCGCAUCCCUCUGCAGGUGCAGAGCAGCUCCAUUCCAUUGCCCCUAGCUCACCACACACUCGAGUGACGAGCACACCCACCGACGAUCGCCAUGGCCGGCGGCAGCAGCCUUAAGAACAUGGUCGUCGCCUUCCUCGUCCCGCUCCCUUCCAUCCUCUUCUACCUCUCCUUCGUCCGCGCCGGCGGGGACACCGGCGCCAGCCCGCUCGCCUCGUGGUGCGCAGCGCACCCUCUGGUCCUGGCCAACGUCCUCUUCUUCCUCAACGUGGACGUCCUCUUCUGGCUCGUCGGCCUCCUCCUCUCCAACCACUGGCUCAUCGACCUGUACUGGACCGUCAUCCCUGUGAUGCUGCUGCACUACUACCGCGGCCACCCGGCAUCCGUGGCGGACGCGGCGAGGUCUGCGGUGGCCGUAGCGCUCACGUGGGCGUGGAGCGCCAGGCUCACGCACAACUACCUCAGGCGGGAGGGAUGGGAGUUGGGCAAGCGGGAGGACUGGAGGUUCAACGAGAUGCGUGCCCAGUACGGCAACACCUGGUGGUGGAUGUCGUUCUUCGCCGUCUACCUCUCCCAGCAGGUGUUCCUCAUCGGCAUCUGCCUGCCGAUGUACGCCAUCCACUCCAGCAACCAGCCAUGGGGCGUCUGGGACCUGGUGGCCGCAGCCACCUGCGUUGCCGGAAUCCUCAUCGCUCACUUCGCUGACACCCAGCUGCACAGGUUCGUGACCAGGAACGAGAAGCUCAAGCGGCUGGGCGAGCCAACCGUCCCGACCCUCGAGGACGGGCUGUGGCGGUACUCGCGCCACCCCAACUACUUCGGCGAGCAGCUCUGGUGGUGGGGCUUGUACCUCUUCGCGUGGAACCUGGGCCAGCGGUGGAUGUUCUUGGGGCCUCUCGUCAACAGCCUCUGCCUCGGCUACGUCACGGUGCUGGUCGAGCGCCGCAUGCUGAAGCAGGAGCACCGUGCUGAGGCGUACAAGCUAUACCAGAAGAGGACUUCGGUGUGGAUCCCUUGGUUCAGGAAGGCCGUCCCUGAAUCGAAGCUGAAGGAGACCUAAGGCCACACUGUCGUUUAGUUGUUUGGGCCAUACCCCUUGUCCAGGUUGUUCACCAUGUUGUUGUUUGUUCCACAACGUCCAUGUUUAGAACCUGUUGUUUCAUCCGCUAUAUGUGUAAUUCACUGUAUGUGCAUGAAGUGCAGCUUGUAUCAUAUGCAUGAUGACCUGUUUAAGGUGCAAGUUAAAAGUAAUGUAUCUACAUUCGUUUGCCUGGUCUG